CUCGAGAGCCUCGAAGCCUCCGACCCUCCCCCCUCCCGGGCGCGCAACCGAGCUUCGGCCUUCCCCCGCGGCAAUUCCCCGCGGUGCAGGGCGCCUCGUCGUGCCCGCGCGUCCCCCCGAUGGCCGCCGCGCCCUCCGGCGCGCCGCGGCUGCCGCGGCGGGUGCUGGUGCUGGGGAGCUCGGUGUCCACCGGCGAGGGCGCCACCGAGCAGGGCCGCGGGUGGGCGGCUCUGCUGCAGGCAGAGCUGAGGAAGGCGCCGUGGGGCUUCGAGCAUUGGAGCCGCGGUAAGGGCGGCACGCACGUGGAGUAUUGGCAGGACGAGGGAGCCCUCCUGGCCGAGCGCGUGGCGGACUUCGCAGUGGUGAUCCUGUCCCUGUCCUUGGGCAACGAGGGCUUGGCGCGGCAGGAGUCGGCGGCCGACAUCGAGCGCGUGGCGCGGAGGUACGCGGACGGCCUGCGCCGCAUCGCCCGCCGGUUGAGGCAGGCGAUGCACCCGCAGGCGCGCCUCGUCCUGGGCGGGCCCUACCCCCACGGCGACUACAAGGCGGGGCACCUGCGCGCCAUCCAGGAGGUCCGGCAGGAGCUCCUCACCUGGCCCGAGGUCGACCACGUCAUCGACUUCCUGAAGCCGUGCGUGCACGACGGGAGGGGGCACUGGCACAGGGGCGCCUGGCGGGACCCCGGGCACCCCAACGACGCGGGGCACAGGCAGAUGUUCCAGUGCGUGGAGCUGCACGGGCUGCUCGGGCCCUUCUCGGAGGGCGGCGACGGCAUCCUGGAGCCGCUGCUGGGCAGCGGCGAGGUGGACCCCGCGCACAGGGCGCGCGUCGACGGCCUGAAGCUGGCGACGUUCAGACACGAGGGCUGCUCGCGCCCGGGCUGGCGGAGCUGGCUGAGAGGCCAGCCCGCGGCUGGCUGGUUCGAGGAGGACGAGUCCGGGCUCGUCUGGAGAAGCUUCAACGGCGUGCCAGAUCGCCACGCCCGGCGGCGUCGCCGCAGGAUGACCUGGCCGGGGCUCGCGCUGCAGGGGCGGCGCGUCGUGUGGGCGGCCAGCGGCUGGCCGCUCGCGGAGCUGGAGCUCGACGCCGCGGGGGCCGUGGCCGCGGUCUGCUUCGGCGAGGGCUGGAGGCUCGCAGCGGUGGCGGAGCGUCCCGGGGGUCCAGCGACGAGCGGGUGGUGCAGCAGAUUGGACUUGGUGCAGUAGGUUUGUGGGGUUGCAGUACAUGUGGGGCGUGCAGUGAGUGCAUCCCGGGGCGCAGAUGGACUGCUGGGUUUUCGCGUGCAGAACCUUAUACUUGCAGUGCGGUACCAUGCGCUGCCAUUUUCCGGCGCAGGACGCUUGCAAUCCAGUUGCCCCAAAUCUGCUACUUCGAGGGGUCGACGUCAUGCAAAGAUCAUGACGUCGGGCGUCUGGGUGCACAGCGCUCUCAGGGCAGGGCUAUUCGCGGCACAGUGCGGGCUGCCUGUGGCAGAA